GAAGUACCGACAACACUGUAGGAUAAAAUACUAGAGAACCCUGGGCCUCUUUUUGGUCCAAAAAUGUACCUUUAAGAAUUCGUGCGAUUGUUCAAUACAAAAUUGCACUGUUAUGUUCAAUAUAUUCGGCGCGAGACUGUAGACAAACAAUGUAAACCACAAAAAAAUUGUCUGAACAAGGGAAAAACAACUGCUUUCGAUAACUUAUAUAAGUACCCAUAAUUCUCUCAAGGCAAAUUGUUUAUUCUUCGUCUCAUCAGUUCUAGAGCUUAGAUAACCAGCACCAAUCUUCUCUACCAAGACUUUUUUAUCGUAAAACAAUCUUCAUUCUCAAGACCAACAACAACACCGAACCCAAAACCAAACUCGGUCAUGCUUUGGCUAGUCGGCGCCGUGACAAGUUUCUCUUGUGAACACCAGUACUUCGCCAACCUCACUUUGACCGAAGCUGAGAACGCCAAAGAAUGGAGAUGCAUUACCGGACCCGAAACGACCUGGAUCAAACACAACAAGGAGUGUCCCGAUUGCCGAAACAAGGUACCCCCUAAGAAUCCAGUCAUUCUCUCUCGUCCGGCAAGUCCUUUGCUCACUGCACCCGACGACCUUGAAGACAGACGCGGUGUCCUAACAGAGUACCGUUGCGGCCAUCACAAAGUCAUUGGCGAUGGAAAAGACUGCCUCGUUCUCGGAGUCGACAAACUCGGGUUCUUGUUGCUCCAGUCAAAACAUCGUUGCCCCCGUUGCAUCGAACACGGCAUCCAAGACAGCUCCUCAGACGACCAGUCUCCAGAGCGAAGCCAAUCAGCUCAACGACUUAGUUCAGAUAUCAAAAGGCCAUUCGUUCCAUUAGAUAGAACCGACUCAGAGAUGGCUGACCACAUGGACAUGCAAACUUUGACCAGACAAACAAGACCAAGAGAAGCUCUCGCCACAUCCGAUCAUCCCCCUACCCUAACAAGAAGAGCAAGCAAAAGAGAGAAGGCGAAGACAUUGGAUCGGAUCGACCCAAAAACUCAACCCAAAAACAAUAUAAUUUUUUGAACUUUAAACACAAUUUUACCCGUGCUGUGCAAAUGUAAUAAUGUGACUUUGAUGAUUGUGAUCAUAAAAUGAGAGAGAAACUGUCAUGGUGUUUGGAAUUAUCAAAGGAUAGUAGAGAGAAGAAGCUCUGGUAAUGGUUUCUUCCCAGAAACUCGGAAACGAAAAUCGGAAUGUACGUUCUUUUCAAUUGAACAUGAAAUGUAGUUACUCAUGACUUCAUGUAGCUAUGAUCA